GAUCUGGCAUCAUAAUACACUGCUUACCUGUCAACUCAAAAUAUGCCGAAAGUAAAAUAAAACAUAAAGUAAAAGUGAGAAAUCUUAAACUAGAAACUUGUUACUUCUUAGCUGUAUAUGCCAAUUAAAUAGAAUGGAAAUAUCAUUUUGUACUGCCGUUGCUCCUGUAAACAUUGCAGUUAUAAAAUAUUGGGGAAAAAAAGACGAAACAUUGAUCAUCCCUAUUAAUGAUUCCUUCAGUGUUACACUUUCAAAAAAUGAAAUGUGUGCAAAAACUACAGUUGCUUGUUCUGACAAGUUUGAAGAGGAUAAAUUUUGGUUAAAUGGAAAGGAGCAAGAUCUAUUUAAUCCACGGCUGCAAAAUUGCCUCAGAGAAUUAAAGAAAAGAGCAAAAGACAAAAAAUUAACACAGUUAUCUCUGCAUAUAUGCUCAGAAAAUAAUUUCCCUACUGCUGCUGGAUUAGCUUCAUCUGCUGCUGGUUUUGCUUGUUUAGUAGUUGCUCUUUCUGAACUUUAUGGUAUUAAGGAGGAUCUCUCGGCUAUUGCCAGGCAAGGCUCGGGAAGUGCUUGCCGAAGUGUAUUUGGUGGUUUUGUACAUUGGCACAAGGGCAUUCUAGAAGAUGGCAGUGACUCCAUUGCUUACCAGUUUGCAUCCAAAGAACACUGGCCAGAGCUAAAAAUUCUCAUAAUAGUGGUCAAUGCUGGAAAAAAAGAAACAGGUAGUACUAAAGGCAUGAAAGAAACCACUCGAACAAGUAGUUUAUUAAAAUUUAGAGCAUCUCACAUAGUUCCUGAAAGAAUUAAAGCUAUACAAAAAGCUAUUUUAGAGAAAGAUUUCCAUUCAUUUGCAGAAAUCACUAUGAAGGAUAGUAAUCAAUUCCAUGCUGUUUGCUUAGAUACUUAUCCUCCUUUGCACUACUUGAAUUCUACCUCUUAUAAAAUCAUGAAUUUUAUCCAUGCGUAUAAUGAUCAUUUUGGACAAAACAAAGUAGCUUAUACUUUUGAUGCUGGUCCAAAUGCCUGUUUGUAUUUACUAGAAAAUGAAGUGCCAACUGUAUUAAGUGCUUUGAAAGCUCUCUUUCCUCCAGUUGAAGAAGAUUUAAAAUUUAUUCGUGGGUUUGAAUCUCCUUUGCAGCCUAUAUCUGAAGUGUUCUUAGAUUCUUUUAAAAUUGAUCCUCAACCUGGUGCUAUUCAGUAUAUUAUCAAUAGUCGAAUUGGCAGUGGUCCAAGCAUACUUGAAGAUGAUGGUCAACAUUUAUUAAAUAAAGAUGGGCUUCCUAUUUCUUGAAUUUGCUGGUAUUUUCUUACUUUUCGUAAGAACUGGUAAGGAAAUGUGCAGUUAAAAUCUAAAAGCACGAUGAUUGGUAUUUUUAUACAUUUUUUUCACUUAAUAAAAACUUACAAAAUAUGUCAUGUGAAAAAUUUCAAAUUGUGAAAUUAAAGUGAACAAAUGUACAAUAUUGA